ACUUAAAUCACUCACGACAAGUUCGUCGUAGUGGAAACAUCAUAUAUUGAGAGUCAAAUCAAUCAUCGUGUUUUUUUAAUAAAAAAUAUUGAAUUAUAUCUAUCCACCUACCUAACGUUACAUAAUUCUACUUCAUUGUGUAUUUCGGCAAUAUUUUUUGUCUAAGCUAAUUUUACAAACAGCUGCACAAAUAUAUUUUGGAUUAUUCUGCGACUUUAAAAUACCGACCUCAAAAUGGAAGCAAUUUUUACUAUCAAUGGGAAGCCAUAUCAAGUCAACGCUUCAGCCGUUCCAAUCGAUACCUAAGCGGAACAAAGUUUAUGUGCUCUGAAGGUGGUUGCGGAGCUUGCAUUGUUAGUGUAACAGGUGCUCAUCCCGUUUCGAAGGAAGAAAAAACAUGGGCCGUCAAUUCUUGCCUAACAUCGGUGUUUUCAUGCCAUGGUUUGAGUAUCACGACCGUAGAAGGAAUCGGUAGCAGACACAAUGGCUAUCAUACAAUUCAGAAGCGACUAGCUCAUUUGAAUGGAACCCAAUGUGGAUAUUGCUCUCCUGGUAUGGUCAUGAACAUGUACAGUUUGUUGGAAGCGAAAAAUGGCAAAGUGUCGAUGGAAGAAGUUGAGAAUUCGUUUGGUGGAAAUAUCUGUAGAUGUACGGGAUACAGACCGAUACUGGAUGCGUUCAAAUCGUUGGCCUACGAUGCGGAUAAGAAAUUGAUCAAGGCGUGUCAGGAUAUAGAAGACUUGACAAAAAUAUGUCCCAAAACUGGCUCUGCGUGUGCUGGGCUUUGUAACAAAGGUACAGGAGCGUUGAAGAUGACGUUUGAUGAUCAAAAGGAAUGGUACAAGGUAACCACUGUCGAUGAGAUAUUCAGUAUUUGGGCAAAAUCAGGAGACAGACCGUAUAUGUUGGUGGGAGGAAAUACAGCCCAUGGUGUAUACCGUCGCAAAGAUAAUCUGCAAAUUUUCAUUGAUGUGUCUGGUGUGGAACAGCUUCGUACACAUUCGAUUGGGUCGGAAAUAGUCUUGGGAGGAAAUGUCACCCUUACAGAAACUAUGCACAUCUUAACGAACGUAUCAAAUAAAUCGGGCUUUGAAUACGCAAAGCAUUUAAGUCAUCAUAUCGACUUAAUAGCAUCUGUUCCCGUUAGAAAUGCAGGAACGAUUGCCGGAAACCUAAGCAUUAAGCAUGCAAAUGUCGAAUUUCCAUCUGACAUGUUUCUGAUAUUGGAAGCAGCCGGAGCGAAAUUGUCGAUUGCUGAAGGUCCCAAUAAGACCACAGUAAUAUCCGUUGCUGACUAUCUGUAUUUUAAUAUGGACAAAAAGAUUAUCCUGAACGUUAUUCUACCUGCAUUAAACCCCAAAGUGUAUACGUACAGGUCAUACAAGAUAAUGCCACGAGCUCAAAACGCACAUGCCUACGUUAAUGCCGGAUUCCUGAUGAAAUUCGAUAAAGGUGUUAUUCAAGCGGCAAGAGUUUGUUUCGGUGGAAUCCAUCCGGAAUUCGUGCAUGCCAUUGAGACGGAAAAAUAUCUAAUUGGAAAGGAUUUGCACACGAAUGAAACGCUUCAGCAAGCACUCGCCAUUCUAACAUCCGAAAUUAAACCCGAUUGGGUUCUACCCGAUGCGUGUCCAGAAUAUCGCAAAAACUUGGCUGCUGCUUUGUUCUACAAAUUCGUUCUGAACACAUGUCCAUCGUAUCAGGUCAAUCGAGAAUUUGUUUCCGGCGGAACAAUUCUAGAGCGACCGAUUUCAUCCGGCACGCAUGUUUUUGAUACAUUUGUCGAUCGUUACCCGUUGACCCAGAAAGUGCCAAAGUAUGAAGGUCUCAUCCAAUGUUCUGGUGAAUUGAAAUAUAUUAAUGACAUGGAUCCGAUCAACGGCGAACUGUAUGCAGCAUUUGUUCAAGCUGAAAAAGUGCAUUCGUAUGUUGAUACCAUUGAUGCAUCUGAGGCAUUGAAAAUCCCCGGCGUGGAAUACUUUUUUUCUGCUAAGGACAUACCGGGCGAAAACAAUUUCAUGCCGAAAGCAAUAGUUGGAAAUUUUGGAUCGGGUAACGUUGAGGAAGUUUUGUUGAGCAGCGACAACCCAGUUCUAUACAAUGGUCAACCAGUUGGUCUUAUAUUAGCCACUACAUUUCAGUUAGCUAAUCGGGCAGUAAAGAAAGUUAAAAUUACUUAUAGAAAACCAGAAACACAGAAACCAAUCAUAACAACACUGCACGAUGCCCACGAAAUGAAAGCAACGGAUAGAUAUUUCCAAUUACCUUACGUUCAGAUUGCACCAACUAAAACCGACAUAAGUACCGUGGGUGCAAAGAAAGUAGUCGGCACGUUUGAUAUUGGUUCUCAGUAUCACUACACCAUGGAGCCCCAAACCACAUGUUGUUUACCAGCUGAAGACGGUAUUGAUGUCAUAUCCAGUUCGCAGUGGAUACAUCUGACUCAAGUGGCUGUGGCAAAUGCUCUGAACAUUCCACAUAACAGCGUCAACAUGUUUUUCCGGCGCAUUGGAGGAGGAUACGGAGCAAAAAUUACACGAUCAGCUCAGGUCGCUUGCGCCAGCGCAAUUGCGUGUAAGCUUACGAAUCGACCGAUUAGAUUUGUGAUGACACUGGAAGCCAACAUGGAAGUGAUGGGUAAACGAUACGCAUUGUUGAAUGAAUACGACGUAGAUGUUGAUGAUGACGGGAAGAUUCUGAAGAUGGUCAAUAAUUUUGCGCAAGACUUUGGUUCUAAUCCGAAUGAACCAGUCUCAUUUAACACCAUAAAUCACGUUAAAAAUUGCUAUACAUUUGAUACGUGGACGGUUAACUGUAACGGAGUUUUGACUAAUGCUCCCAGUCACACAUAUUGCCGUGCUCCAGGCACAACGGAAGGCCUGGCUAUGAUUGAGAAUAUAAUUGAACAUAUUGCUAGAGUAACUGGCAAGGAUUUGUUAUCAGUUCGAUUGGCAAACAUGACGGACGGAAACAAAAUGAGAACAAUGCUACCUGAUUUUUUGAAAGAUGUUGAUUUUGACAAACGCAAAUCCGUUAUCGAUGAAUUCAAUCGGAACAAUCGUUGGCGAAAACGGGGCAUAGCAUUCGUUCCAAUGGAAUAUCCCCAGCCCUACUUUGGAAUGAUUCCAAUUGUAGUGGCUAUUUACCCUCAUGAUGGCACUGUUUCCGUCAGCCACGGUGGAGUCGAGUGUGGUCAGGGCAUCAAUACGAAAGUCGCUCAAGUAGCCGCGCAUUGCUUAGGUAUUUCAUUGGACAUGAUCAGCAUUAAACGUUUGGACAAUGUUGCUGGAGCGAAUGGCAUUUGCACCGGUGGCAGUAUAGCUAGCGAAGCCGUUUGUAUGGGUGUGAAAAAAGCAUGCGAAGAAUUGUUGGCCCGCAUGAAACCUGUACGCGAUGAGCUGGGCAAUCCCGAAUGGACUGCAUUAACUCAAGCUUGCUACGAUAAAUUGAUAGAUUUGAGUUGCAAGACAACUUACAACAAGAAUGAGAUGCAAGAAUAUACGAUUUGGGGAUGCGCCGCCGCUGAAAUUGAAAUCGAUCUUCUGACCGGCAAUCUUCAGCUCACUCGUGUUGAUCUAUUGGAAGAUACAGGAGAAAGUAUGAGCCCCGGCAUCGAUCUGGGACAAGUCGAAGGGGCAUUUGUAAUGGGAAUUGGUUAUUGGUUAACUGAGAGCCUAGUAUAUGGUCAAGAAAACGGAGAGCUUUUAUCGAAUCGCACCUGGACGUAUAAACCACCAGAUUCCGUAAACCAUCCACCAGGUGCUAAAGAUAUACCGAUCGAUUUUCGAGUCACCUUUUUGCGAAACAGUUCGAACGAGGGCGGUGUUUUACGAUCGAAAGCCACUGGCGAGCCUCCAUUGUGUAUGUCUGUUGUUGUCAUUUUUGCUCUUCGGCACGCGUUGGAAUCGGCUAGGAGUGAUGCAGGCAUUACGGAUGAAUGGUUCGAAAUGGGUGCACCGUCUACACCGGACACACUAUUCUUGAAGGCGGGUCAUUCUUUGAAGAAUUUUUUGUUAAAAUGAACGUUGCACAUGAACAGUUGAAAUAAAUUCAGUAUUCGGGUGGCUGGUAAUCAA